UCUAUAAAAAAUCAAUCCUUCAAGUGUGUUGUGUGUGGAACAGAAAAAGCCACAUCAGUUUUCACUCACUGCUAAGCUAUGUCUACCAUCGUUCCCACACUCACCUCGCUACCAUUUUCUCUCUCCAUUCGUUCUUCUUUAUCAUCACAAGAUGGUAGUUUGAAACAGGACUGGAGAAAAAGGUCCAAACCUAUCCCACCAGGUGGAACCUAUCCAGCUAAAGAUCAAUGCAGUCGUUGCGGUUUGUGUGAUACAUAUUAUAUUGCUCAUGUUAAGAAUGCUUGUGCUUUCUUGGGAGAUGGCAUGUCUAGGAUUGAAAAAUUGGAACCUGUUGUUCAUGGUAGAGGGAGAAAAACUGAUACGUUAGAUGAAACCUACUUAGGAGUUCAUGAGGAACUGCUUUAUGCUCGAAAACUUAUCCCUGUCGAAGGAGCUCAAUGGACUGGUAUAGUUACAACCAUUGCAAUUGAAAUGCUUAAAUCAGGCAUGGUUGAAGCUGUCAUUUGUGUACAAAGCGAUCCUGAUGACAGAUUUGCUCCCAGACCUGUUUUAGCAAGGACACCAGAAGAAGUGUUGGCUGCUAGAGGUGUCAAGCCAACAUUAUCUCCUAACCUUAAUACCCUUGCACUUGUUGAGGCUGCAGGUGUCAAGCGUCUUCUUUUCUGUGGUGUAGGUUGCCAGGUGCAAGCAUUAAGAUCUGUCGAGCACCACUUGAAUUUGGAUAAACUCUAUGUUUUAGGCACUAACUGCGUGGACAAUGGACCUAGGGAAGGACUGGAUAAGUUUCUAAACGCUGCGAGUGAUUCACCUGAAACAGUUCUGCAUUAUGAGUUUAUGCAAGAUUACAAGGUUCACUUGAAGCAUUUGGACGGUCGUAUCGAGGAGGUUCCUUAUUUCUGUCUACCAGCAAAUGAUUUAGUUGAUGUUAUUGCUCCAUCUUGCUACAGCUGUUUUGACUAUACAAAUGCGUUAGCAGAUUUGGUUGUUGGAUAUAUGGGCGUGCCGAAAUACCCCGGAAUCAGCAUGACACAACAUCCUCAAUAUAUUACUGUCAGGAACGAACGUGGAAGAGAGAUGUUGAGUCUUAUAGAGAACUUACUAGAGAUUACUCCAACAACUAACUCCGGAGAUAGGCGACCGUUUGUCAUGGAGACUGUCAAGGCUGACGAUAAAGCUAAACUAGGAAAAGGUCCUUCUCAGCUUGCCCCAAAGUUUGUUGGAAACUUGCUUGCGUUUAUACUAAAUUUGAUUGGUCCAAAGGGUAUUGAAUUUGCACGUUAUUCGCUUGAUUAUCAUACCAUUCGGAACUAUUUAUACGUAAAUCGGUUGUGGGGAAAGGAAAGGGCUGAUAGACACAUGCCUACAUAUGCUAAGAAAAUUGUGGAUCUGUACAACCAAAAUGGUCAAAUUGAUAAGAUGCUCUCUGAGAAGUGACUCUAAAGG